UUCUUUAGCGGUAUUAUCCGCUUUGCGCAGUUGGAUUAACUUCUAGGUUAAGUGUCUCUGCAAAUCUGAAUUGUCCGAUUGUUGUUGCUUCGGACCCAUCGUUUCGAUGUGAUGUGCAGUGAUGGUGAUUUUUGUCUCUGUAUCCGGAUGACUAGAUAUCUUGCACUGAAGUAUGCAUGCGGUAGAAUGUAGCAGGGGCAUACGUACUACCUCUACUAUGAUAAAUCUGACCAAAAGCAGAGGAUUAGCUAGGGUUUUCAGAAACUCACUCCUUCCAUGCCCUUGAAUCUGCAGAUACAACCCAGUGAUUUUCUUUGUUUGAAUGCGGCAUAUCCACAACACCCCAAUCAUUACGCUCGUUCCAGCACAUAGUCUGCAAGGUACCUACAGAAUGCCUCCAGCCAAACUGUCGAAUAGGUUAAAGCUUCAAGUAUAAGAACUUCUAAUCGUUCCUACUUUUCUCGCCGUUCAUCCAGUCAGCCAUUAGCUCAUCUCUUGUAAACACCAUAUUUCGAACUUCCAUCGCACCGAAUAAUCAUAAUGAAGAUCUCGCUUACUACCCUCCUCGCCUCAGGUUUGGCCUCAAUUGCCUUAGCUCAGGAUACAACCUGUAGCACUUCCAGCCUCAACACUACAGCCUCCACUUGGACUGUCGCAGAAACCGAUACCAUCUUCAGCAUCGCUACCGCCACCAACCGUGGUGUUUGUGAUAUUGCACGUGCUAGCAGAAUGCCCGAUGCUGAAUACAUCGAUACUGGUAUGGUACUUAUUAUUCCCGCUCAAGUCUGCAAUCCCGACAACGAAUCCUGUCUCCUCACUGCCUCAAACGAUACCACCUCAUGUGUAUAUGGAGGACCUCACACAUACACUACUGUGCGUAAUGAUACUAUCACCAAGAUCGCUACGAAAUUCAAUGUUGAUGUUUCGGUGCUCUCAACCAAUACUAUUACUGGCAUGCUCAAGGUUUCAUCGGUCGAUGAGAUUAUUACCGCUGGGACUGUGAUGAAGGUGCCCCAAUGCAGCCCUUCUGAGUGUACUGUUCAACCAAUUCAGUUCACAUAUGGUGUGUACAAGGAUUUGGCUGAGUAUUAUAAUACUACUGUUGGACAGCUGUUUGGAUUCAACACUGGAUAUCGAUACAGUGAUUCUGUUGAAUCCCUUUCGCCUGUUCUUACGAUUCCCAUGAAUUGCAAGCCGCUUUCCGGUAACAUUACUGUUAUCUCAUAAGCUACUUAUGAGUGGAGGAACUCUGAGCGGAUUGUGAAGUAUAUGGGUGGAGAAGGAUGUAUGUGAGGAGUGUAACUAGCUAAUAGGAUGAUGGUUUUCUUGGGUAAUAACGUGGCUUUGCUAUUACCAUGUUAUCAUAUCCUGAUGCAUUGUUAGUGAUUAUUUUGGAGAUUUGAUGAAUAGACUGUACAAUUCUGUACUGAGUAGGAAUAUGAUAUAGAUGUUUACAGUUAAAAAAAAAGUUCACAUGCAUGCACCUCUCACCGAGGAAAUAUUCCUUCAUCAUGCCAUGAAAAUAAAGUCGUGACUGCGAAACUCUGUGUCUCCCUUCCAAUGUAUUCGGUUCCAUCAAAUGACUCAAUGUUAGCUUUGCAAAAGUAUAAAUAGCGAAUCAAAUUGGUCGUAUAAUCAUGGUCAAAAGUUCGGAAGCGCGAAAUUUCUGGCGUGUGCAACCUAGCGAUGGACGAAAU